AUGGCCCGUCAGAAGUUUUCAGCGGCCAGCGAUGGAGACAAGGCUUCUGUGCGCCCUGGCAGGCAGGCAGAUGCUGUCAGGGGGCGUCUGGCAGACCUGUGUGCUCCCUGCUUAGCUGCCCUGCACGUGCUCCCUAACUCGGAUCUGUCUCCGGAAUAUCAGAUUGAUGGAGUUUGCAUGUUACGAAAACUCAUGAAGGACCUUACCGUAACUGGGGUCGAUCUCAGUGUGUGCCGGUUGUUGCUCAUGAACCUCUGUGAUGAGCAGGACUGUGAGCAGUGUCCUAAAUACAAAUCAAAAGCCUUUUCUUGGUGUCGUGUGGACCACAUCUACUUUCCGCUCCUCCUCCUCAGAUUGCGGUCUUUGGUGAAGCAGUUAGAGAGAGGGGAAGCUUCGGUUGUAGACCUAAAGAAGAAUUUGGAAUAUGCUGCGACUGUUCUUGAGUCAGUCUACAUUGACGAAACCAGGCGUUUACUGGACACAGAAGAUGAGCUCAGUGACAUCCAGUCCGACUCUGUGCCCUCGGAGGUCCGGGACUGGUUGGCUUCUACCUUCACGCGGCAAAUGGGGAUGAUGCUCAAAAGGACGGAAGAAAAGCCCAGGUUCAGGAGUAUUGUCCAUGCAGUACAAGCUGGGAUAUUUGUGGAAAGAAUGUACAGACGGACGUCAAAUAUGGUCGGUUUGAGCUACCCACCGGCCGUAAUCGGAGUGCUAAAGAAUGUCGACAAGUGGUCCUUUGACGUAUUUGCACUGAACGAUGCCAGUGGGGAUCAUGCACUGAAAUUCAUUUUCUAUGAACUUCUCACACGCUAUGAUCUGAUCAACCGAUUCAAGAUCCCCAUUUCUGCCCUGGUGUCCUUUGUGGAGGCUCUGGAGGUUGGCUACAGCAAACACAAAAAUCCGUAUCACAACCUAAUGCACGCUGCAGAUGUGACACAGACGGUCCAUUACCUCCUUUUCAAGACAGGCGUAGUG